AUGUCUAAGUUUUACGAAUUGGCUCCAAAGGACAAGAAGGGUGAACCAUUCUCAUUCAAGCAACUUGAAGGUAAGGUUGUCUUGAUUGUCAACGUGGCUUCCAAGUGUGGUUUCACACCACAAUACAAGGAACUUGAGGAACUUUACCAAAAGUACCAGAGCAAGGGUUUCGAAAUCAUUGGGUUCCCAUGCAAUCAAUUUGGUCACCAGGAGCCAGGCAGCGAUGAGGAAAUCGGACAGUUUUGCCAAUUGAACUACGGAGUUACCUUCCCAGUCUUGAAGAAGAUUGACGUCAACGGCUCCAACCAAGACCUUGUAUACGAGUUUUUGAAGAGCCAAAAGGCUGGAAUGCUCGGAUUCAGAGGGAUUAAGUGGAACUUUGAGAAAUUCUUGGUCAACAAGAAGGGUGAAGUUUACGAGAGAUACUCUUCUUUGACGAAGCCUUCUUCGUUGGAAAAGACUAUCGAGGAGCUUUUGGCUGCCUGA